AUGGACUCUGUGAUACCUUAUCCAUGUUUUAUAGGACCAAGCAAAAUUCGAACUUUAAUAGUACCAAUUGGUAAUUGGAAAAGGAAGGAUUUUUUACAAGUUUUAGAUAAAUUUAAAGAGUUUGAUGAAAUCAGAUUAUUAGAUAUUACUCCCAUUGAUUCAACUUUAUUUAAUCCACAGGGGUUUCCUAACGGAAGGUUGUUUUAUAAUUUUAAUACUUUGAGUUAUAACAGGAAUAAUGAAUUGGAUUUAUUUCUCUAUGAUUUUGAACCAUUUAGGAAGACUUUCAUUAUUAUUGGGUUGGUUAACGAUCAUAGUGAUCCACUUGAAAAUAUCAACAUUUUAAAAGAUAAAUAUCCUACAAUAAUAUCGCAUAAUUUAAUCUAUUGUACGGCUUCAAAGGAUAAAACUUUUGAUGAUAUUAAUACUUUAAAUAACUGCUUCGUUACUAAUAUUUGGCAAUUUGAUAAUUUAGAGACAAUUUUAUGUGAUAUAGGUAGAGAUUUUUUGAUCGCAUUGAAUCGUUAUUAUUCUUCGUAUAAGCAUGUUACUUUAAGAUCUCCUGGAACAGUCGGUGGUAAUUCAAUUAAAAAGACUGUAAUAAAUAAAUAUCUAGAAAGACCUGUCUUAAAUUCUCAGUUAAUAAAUUCUUCAAAUUCUAUUAUAGAAAAUUCAACCACAUCUAAACGAUUAUCCACUUUUGAAAUUACAACAAAUAAUUUAAAACGUUCUGCAUCUAUUAAAUUGACAUCAACCUUGACAUCAUCUGAAUCCAAAGCGCAACAAAGAUCAAAGGGUAGGCAAUUGAAAAUCUUAGGUAAUUUUCAACUAUUAGCAGGUAGAUAUUUGGAUGCAUUGAAUAGCUUUACUGAAUCCAUAACAUUAUUAUACAAAGUUAGAGAUUUGUUAUGGUUGGGUUCAGCAUUGGAUGGGAUUUCAAUGACUUUUGUUCUUUUGUCUUACCUUAAUAUUUCUUUUGUUAUCCCAGAAAUAAUUGAUAUCGUAUGUUCAUUAAACAUUCAGAUAAACAAUAGUUAUAAUGAUAUUGAUAACGAUAGAAAUAGUAACAAUAAUUCUAAUUCAUAUAUUAAUACUAAAAAUAAAGGAACUCCUUCCAAGGUUUCAACACCAAGAAAUAGUGUUUCGGUGACAUCAUUGCAACUGCAAACAGCGUCACCUCGCAAUUCACUUGUAUUUAAUAACUCUAAUAAUUAUACUGGUUAUUCAAAUAAUUGUUUGACUGGUAAUAUCCCAGUAGAAGACAUUAAUUUGCCUAAGUUAAUUAAAUUAAUAAGUGAUAAAGUAUUGUAUUAUUACGAGUUGAGUCUUUCUCACAACAAUGAAUAUGUUCCACAAAUAGUCUAUUGUGAUACAUUUUUGAAAAUUUUGAUGUUUAUUGUAAAAGCUCAAAGAUCUAUUGAUCAAUUUUCGCCAUCAGUGAUUAAAAGUAUAAUCAGCAGUACAUUUAAUCCAGAUAUGUUUAGAACAAGAACCUAUAGUUUAGAGAAUUGGGAUCCUGUCCAAUUUACACCAACUGAUGUUUACUAUUAUGUAAAUCGUUUGUUCGAAUUAGAGAUUUGUACUAUGACUCUUGACUUACAAUCUGCAGUAUAUUGGACAGCAGCAGCAACUUAUAGAACACUAGGUUUGAAUAAAAAAGAAGCGUUCGUUUUAAAGUUAUUCGUUACAUCAUUAUUUAAGUCAUCACAACAUGUGAUGUGGCAUCAGGAAUUCGAGCUCUUAUUAGAUAGAAUUGUGGAUUUAUAUGGGUGUAAUAAAGUUGAGGACAACAGUUUUGACAGAAUAAGUAAAAAUAAUAAUGUUUGUUUGACUUUGCAAAAAAAUAUUUUAGAAUUAGUAAUUAAUGUGAGCAAAAGAUUAGAUAAUUUAAAAUAUGUUGUAAAAUAUUCAAUUAUACUUCUUACUCAAUAUGAAAAUGUUUUAAUGGCUGAAGAACAAAGGAGCAUUCUUCAAAACAUUAAAAGUAGUAUAGAGAAGAAUCUUGUUACAGAAUACUGGGAUAGAAACAUUUUGCAGGACAUAACAAUAAUCAGACAAGAUGCUGAUAAUAAUCAAGAAUCAUUAUUGCCAUUAAUUAGAGAGAUUCAAGAUGAUAAAAUUUCUGUAGAGAAUGAUGUUGAAUCAACAGUGAAUACAGAAGAAAUUUUUAAUCCAUUUAAAGAGGAACGGCAUAUAUCGAAGAAUAAUGAUGAACUUUCUUUCGAUACAUACCUGGUUAAUGAUAAAGUAGAGGUAUGUUUUGCUAUUCGAAAUCGUUAUAAAUUUCCAUUAUUAAUAACAAACAUAGAUUUACUAGACAAUAUAAAAGAAUUUUGCAUGUUAGGUGAGAGUAAUAUCACCAUGGAUAACUCAUUUGUUGUUGAUCCUGAAUCAACUGCUUUUAUUAAUAUUCCCUUAAUUUUUAAAAAGGAAACCAAUGGUAAGAUACUACAUAUAAGAUCUGCAUUGCUUUCUAUAUUUAAAAUGCCCAGUAAAGAAUAUGAAAUUAAUGCAAAAUAUGAUACAGAUAAAUCAGUUUCUUUGGAACAUUCCUUUAAAUUUAAAAUAUUACCUGAACAGCCAUGCUUAGGCAUUAUUAACACAUCUAGAAUGACAGAUAAUUGUAUUAUGAUGUUGGAUGGUACGAAGGGUGACUUUUACUUAAAGCUAAUAAACAAAUCAUUAAAUUGUCCAAUAAAUUAUUUGAAAUGUUACAUAGUUACGAAUGUACAAAAGAAUUUAAGUCCAGAUUAUUGGCAGAAACAACGACCGGAUGAGUUAUAUUUUUUUGAAAAACAGUUAGAACAAUUGAAAAAAAAGUGUAUAACUAUACAUAAUUUGCCCUCAAAAAUGGAACCCAAUGAGAUGUGUGAUUUGCAUUUAGAAGUAGAUCUAGGUAAUGCUCCUUCUGAUUUUUCGAACUUUGAUUUAAUUAUGGAAUAUGGGAUGAAAACUAACGAUGGUUUACACCUGUUUGUAAAAGAGUUAAGUAGUCAUUUUGAAAUAACUAUAAAAAAAUCUCUGGAAGUUUCAAAUAUUGAUAUUAUUUUAUUGAGUCAGGAUAUUAGUGAUAAAAAAGUGGAUACAGAUUGGAUACAGUAUCUUCAAAAAAAGCUUCACGAGAACACAGGUGACAAUAUGUUGAAUAUUUACGAUUAUUCUUUAUUACUGGUAGACAUUCGUAAUUCCUGGAUUGAUGGUAUAUCUUUACAAACAUUUUUUGAUGAUUUCAAAAGUAAAAAAUAUACUGUAGAAGCUCAACAUACAUUGAGAAUGAUUAUUCCUGUUCGAAGGAUUGAAGCACAAGGAGAACUAUUAUCUGAAAAGCCAAUACCUAUCAUAUUCAAGGAUAGACAAUUUAUUCAAAGUGGUCUGUCAAAAGCUGAAGAGAACACAAUGAGAACAAAGUUUUGGUGUCAAGAUUAUAUUUUACAAAGGCUGAAAUGUGAAUGGAGCUUAUGUCAUGAUGAUACAGUUAAUGGAAUAUUAAACAUAAAAAAUUACAUUUUUAACUCAAAUGGUGAUAUUGUUCCUGUCUUAUACAAGGGUGAUAAUUUGUUUUUAAUUCAAAUGAGCACAGGUAAAACCUGUGUAGAAAAAGGAAACCUUGUUUCAGUUUAUGUAUCUCUAAGUCCCAUUAAGAUAAAAGAUUUGAUGGAUAUGCCAGAUAUUGUAUCGGUAAAUUUGUUGAUUUUUGACAAUAAGACAGCAAGGCCGUUGUUAAAUCCUAAUAGGCGUGUACUGUAUAAUGGGUCUUUGAGUAAAUUUGUGGCAAGUCGUAGUGAGACAUUAUCAACUUUUGAACUUUUACCAAUUGAGCCCGGAACAUAUCGUUUAUCUGUGUGUAUUACAUCUGGUGCAGACCGCAAUACUAUUCUGCAAGAUGAUAUAUCCAUUGUUGUUAUCAACGUCACCUAA